ACAGACGAACGGGUUUUUACCAGCAGUCUAAUAAAUAUGUUUGUUCUCCAGCUGAUGUCGGGAUCUCUGCUCCUCCACCUUGUGAUGAGUUCAGGCUUUGGAAAUCACUCUCUUUGGGGGUUGUUCAUCUACAUCUCAGGACCAACCCAGUUUCCAGAGUUCUCCAUGGUUCUGAUGCUGGAUGACAUCCAGGUGGGGUACUAUGACUCAGACACAGACCAACUGAUUAAGGUUGGUGCUGGCGGUGAGAAAGGGGCGGAGUUUGACCUGGGACAGCUAGCUUUGAAUGUGCUGCAGAACAAUAUGAUGGAGAUGAGGAUCAGGUCGGACUUAGUCAAAAAACAGCUGAACCUGACCUCUCCAGGCGUCUACAUUCAACAGAGGAUGGUGGUUUGUGAGGUCCAGGAAGACGGUCAGCCUAUACUCAUCAUGUCCAGGGAUGGUGCGAAUGGUCAUGAUAUCGACAGCAUCCAUUGUAACACAACCCACUUCCUGUACGGCGGUGGUGACGGUUGGGAUUUCCAGUUGGACACCAUAAGGCAGUUGUACGAGCAGAUGCGUUUCUCAAAUAUCUACCUGCCCUUAUGUGCCUUGAUUCUGCGACGCCUGCUGGAGAGCGAGAAACACCUGGUGAUGCGUCGUGUUCGACCUCGACUACGCCUCCUAUCACAGCCGGGGGGGGGCGGGGCCCAGAUCACCUGUCUGGCCACAGACUUCUACCCUCGCCACAUCAACCUGACGCUGCUGCGGGACGGUGAACCCGUGGACGAGAACCAAAUGACCGUUGGCUCAGUGCUGCCCAACGGCAACGGUCUCUACCAGCUGAGGAAGACGCUGAUGGUGGAUGAAGAGGAGCUGCAGAGGAAGCACAAGUACACCUGUGCAGCGUCUCACCUGAGUCUGGACAACCGGCUGGAUGUGAGCUGGAGGGCGGAGUCUUUCCGUUCAUUCAGAGUUUACGUCAUCUCCGCUCCCGUCGUCCUCCUGCUGGUUGUCGUCAUCCUGCUGCUGGUGCUGAUGAUGAAGAUGAGGAAGAGGUCAGGGACAGAGGGCAUCUCCAUGGAAACACAGGAGAGUCCCGGAGCCAGCAAUGAUGAGGCAUUGGAGCAAGGGGUGGAGGACGGGACGUGAGGACUUCGCUGAAGCAGAUUUCCUCCAAAUAAACCCCGCCCCCAUUGCAGAAUUGUGACAUUAAUCUCAUGAAGAAGAUGCCAAAGAUGGAUGAGAUUAUGAUGGAUAAGUUAGCUUUCGCCACUUUAUUAAACCAAAACUACUGUGAGGAGCCAUCAUCCAUCAUCAGCCACUCAUCCUCUACGACAUACCCCCCCACACACUUACACGCACACUCUUAUCUUGGUCAUAAAGCCUCCGAGUUCAUUUUUCACUGGAGGAGAAAAAAUCUCGUCCGCCAUUUUUAAUCACACGAGACUCAGUCACCAUGUAACUUUGUCAGCCAUCUUUCUUUCUUUUCACGUGUAUGAACAGCCAUUAUGACACAUACUGACACACUGACGCACACACACAUACGCACAUGUAUAUAAUAUGAAUAUUGUGUUAAUGUUUCGUUAGUUGUUGUUUUUGUGUAGUUUAUGCAUUGGAAUUUAUCCCAAGUGUGUCAAGGUUGACAUUCCCCCCAGCUUUCAGUUUCUGUUUUGCCCCGCCUGUGUCCCAUCUGCCCUGAUUGUGUCGGCACCUGUGUCUCGUCAUGUCUCGUUAUCCCCUGUGUAUAUCUGGUCUUGUCAUUCCUUUGUUCCCUGUCGGACCGUACUGUUUGCUCCCCAUGUUUUCCUGCCACGUUUUGCUCCUCAAGUUUUUUUAUCCCUUUUUUUUAGUUUGUCUUGAUCCUGCCCAGCACCGCUUUGUUUUUGCCUUUGUUAAAAUAAAUCCUUUUUUUGCCAACUCCUGCCUCCUGCCUCCUGCUCUCUCUGCGUUUGGGUCCACACCUUCCCCCAGACGUGACAGAACGGUCCGACCAUUAUAU